UAUGGCAUCUCUGAAAUGACUUUCUUCUUCGAAAUGGCGACUAACGUUUGCAGCAGAUUAUUUGUGACGAGGAAUUUAGUGAAUUUAACAAAAAAUCUAAGACCAGUUCAAAGAAAUUAUAAUAAUUACCGUUUUAAUGCAGAAAAUAGAAAAAAUUAUGUAAAAUAUUUACUAAUAGUUGGUGGCGGUGUGACCGCAUUUGUGUGUGCAAAUUUAGUUAAAACCAAAACGAAUACUGUUCAGGCAUUUAAUAUUAAACGCAUUAAGCGAGAUGAACUUUCCUCUUCCGUAAAACUCACUGCACGAGAAAGACGUUUUAUUAAAUUCUCUUCGGUGGAAUAUGAUGGACAAUUGUAUAUGACACCACAAGAUUUUCUUGAUUCUGUUGUUGAACAAGAACCCAGACCCCGUCUCAAACGUCGUAUAUUAACCGAUCAAGAGGUAACAAAAAUUAAGGAUGAAACACCACCAUUAAAGAAGGGCUCUAAUCAAUUAUUUAGAACUCUUAGAGAUAAAGGAAUUAUAUCUUAUACGGAAUACUUGUUUCUUUUAUCUAUUUUGACUAAACCCAAAUCUGGUUUUCGUAUUGCCUUUAAUAUGUUUGAUACUGAUGGUAAUCAACGUGUGGACAAAAAUGAAUUUUUGGUGAUUUUAAAAAUUUUGGGUGGCUCUUUUCGUUCACAUGAAUUGGAUGAGGAAACUAGACGCAUUCUUAAACGUUUAGUUUCCACUGAAGAACAAGCCAAAGAAUUGUAUUACAAGAAAAAGAAAGACAAAAAGGUCACAAACACAUUUAUGGAACGCAUUUUUAGUGGAGCUUGGAAAGAUAAACGCGGUAAAACUCAAACUAAUGAGGAGGAAUCCGAACAAGUUAAAAAAGAUGGUGAUGAAGAAAGCGAAGAGGAUAAUUAUAUCGAUGAUGAGGAAGGUUUACAGCGUAAACAUAAAGUGGACACAACUUUGCAAACCCAUUUGUUUGGUAAAAAAGGCAAUCAGGAUUUAUACUAUGAGGGUUUCUAUAAAUUCAUGGACAAUUUACAAACUGAAGUAUUAGAAUUGGAAUUUACCGAAUUCUCUAAAGGCAACAAAGCCAUAACUGAAGUAGAUUUUGCCAAAAUAUUAUUACGUUAUACCUAUUUGGAUACGGAUGAAUAUGAUAGUUUUUUGGAACGUCUUUUAGAUCGUGUUAAGGAUGAACAGGGCAUAACAUUUGAUGAAUUUCGUGAUUUUUGUCGAUUCCUUAACAAUCUGGAAGAUUUUGCAAUAGCUAUGCGUAUGUACACUUUAGCCGAUCGUGCUAUUUCGAAAGAUGAAUUUUCAAGAGCUGUUAAAAUUUGUACCGGCUAUACCUUGUCCAAACACUUGAUUGAUACUGUAUUUGCCAUUUUCGAUCAGGAUGGUGAUGGUUUAUUGUCUUAUAAGGAAUUUAUUGCUAUAAUGAAAGAACGCUUACAUCGUGGUUUUAAAGUAAGUGGUCAUAUGCUUGAAUAUAAUGAAGAGUUAGAUGAAUUCGAUGAACCUGAAUAUCCAAUGUUUUCUGUAUGGCGAAGACGUGUCUGUCGCAAUUUAGAUUUUUUCUUCUAUGACAGUGAUAUUCCUUGAAUUCAUCGAAUCGAAUGCAUAUUGCUGUGCCUUGUCUUUAUUAAUCGUAUUUUAUUUUUUUAUUAUUAUUAUUAAUUUGACAUAAUACUUCUUGUCUGACAAAAAGGAUCUAUGUGCAAGUUUUGCAUUGUUUCAUCAUUUAAAAGUCCCAUUCGCCUUUUAUUCAAAAGAUUUUAAAAAUAUUCUGCAAAAUACUUAGUUUUUAUAACACAUUGUCCUUUUUGGUAGCAAGACGUUGAUAAGCCAUAAUAUUUAAGCUUUAAUUUUUAGUUUUUGUUAUCGUUCGCUUAACAUAUAAUCUCUUUUAUAAAACCUCACCAUGACUCGUUUUAAAAUCUCUAUUUUGUAUUCUUUUUUUAAUCAUUUUUAUUUUUGUUUAACUUAUAAAUUUAGUUUAAGGCUUAUUUAAUUUAUUUUUUCUAGAAUUUAUCUUUUUUACUCGUAUAACA